AUGGCUGAGGCGAAAGCCAUUAUGACCGGAGCUCCACCAUCGCCAUCCACCCAAACAAGCAAGUCUCGGACUAAAGGGAGCGGGGAAAUCAGCACGAGAAUGGCGAAACGGCGCGACCAACGCAGAGGUAAAGGUGGGACGAGAGUCGCCGGAGUGAGGCCGUCGUCCACCCCUCUGGCGAGCAUCUCUCCGGACGAGGACGAAGCGGAGCCGAGGAUGUCGGAGGACUCGCCGGAGAACUAA